AUGUCGUCAGGAGAAGCACCGCCGGCCAACCCGGCACCAAGCCGACCUAGAGGCAUCCCCCCUCACUGGGAGUGGGAGUCAUUCGAGGAUCGGAAACACAAGCAGUUUCCCACGCGCUGGGUCGGCGACAACCCGACCAUAGAGAGUAGGCGCUUCUACAUGGACCUCUACCUUGACUGGAUGCUCCAGGGCUCUGGCGAGGACAAGCAACGGGUCCAGAGGAAAGCCGAGGAGUACGCCGUCAACAAGUUUGUCCAGGAGGGCAAGACCGAGGUGAAGAACACCCUCUUCGAAUGGGCUGUUGACCGCAGCUACUGGUACAUAUGGUUCGAUCCUGUCUAUUCGAUCGUAGACCACUUGCCCCCGUACCCUUGGGGGAGGCCAGAAGAGGAUCCCAACGAGCCAAACUCCGAGACGUUUGCCGAGAUUUUGGCCAAGCGCCGCAAAAAGGAGCAGGAGAAGCAGCGCCAGAAGCGGCAGCGUCGGGGCUCUAAGCGACGACAAUCCCGCUCGGCUGAUGAGCCCCAGAGCAGGCAAAUCGGGGCCCCAGUUGAAGGACGAGACACAGAAUCGCAAUCCCUUGACCUGAUCUCAGACAUGCUUGCUGAAAUGCCUGUCUGUGAUAAUGGGGGGUUAGACUCUGACAUGGUUGCAUUCUUGCUCCCUUAUCUCGCGAAUCCCGAGUCCCGCCAACGGCUUCGUCACUUCUUUGAGGAAGUCGCCCCGGAUUGGCAUUACUGUCUAGGAUCCAUCCUCAAUCUGGGACUCAGCAGAAGCGCUCGCGAUGGUGGCCGCCGUUGCCGUUGCUCUUACCAUAGGAACCCUCAACGCCUUAUACAGGUGAAGACCAUCGGUGAUGACGAACAGCGGGCUCUCUCCUUCCAGGUCGCCUAUGAACGCCCCCCUAGGCACAAUUGGUGA